AUGAAGUUGUUCAUCUUCAUAGUUAUUCAGCUCCUGAUGGAGGUUCAGUCUUACAAAUUUCCUAGAGUAAAAGUAUCUCCAGAUGUCAUAAGAGAGUCCAGCUCAGUGAAGAUCAGCUGCGAGACAGAUCCACGUGUUACAGUGACUGAAUGUCACUUCUUCAUAAACAGAGAAGAGAAGAAAAUGAAAAGCAGUUCAUCAUGUGAGCUGGAUCUCACUGGUGCUGAAGUGUUCAGAUGGGCAGCUGUAAAAUCACCUGAAUCACUCAACAUUAUCUGUUUCUACACAAUGAUAACUGAGGGAGGCUCAAUCAUAUCAUCAUCUGAUUCUGAUCCUGCCACAGUGAUGGUUCGAGUUUCAACAUCAACCAUCACUGAACAAACAACUACAACAGACAUGAAAACCUCAUUAACUGUAAUGUCCACUUCUGAAACCACAACAUACAGUAAAACUGAUCUCCAAACCAAGAUAAACCUGCCAACCAGUACAGCAAAGGAAAACAGAAACGUUCAUCCACUCUUUCUCAAUGGCUCAUGGCUUUCAGUAGUGCUGGUUUUCACUGGUAUUGGUUUAUUUCUGUCUGGACUCAUAGGAUUCGUCUGUCUGUGCCGCUUUACCAGUUCUGCUGAUGUUCUCACAGAGGUGAACUACGUCUCCUGCCAGAUGGAAACAACAUCUCUUUUAACUUCAUCUUUGUGCUCAUCAAAACAUGGAUGACCUUUUUACUUUCUUCACUUGUUGCCUCUGAAGAACAAAAAUGUGUACAGAAAGAUAAUACAGCAUAAAUCAACUGAAUUCAUAUUCUGAUCAGCAGGCCAGACAGAAUCUGUGAAUUAAGAUUUUGGGAGAAAAUACAUUUUAUAUGGGUGAAAUAUGUUAAAUGUAACCGAAAGCAUCUGAGAGUCAUCUGUGGAGUUCAGUGAUGCUGA